UGCAGAGGUGUGCGAAAUCAAAUGAAAGCGCUGACCGGGACGAUGUGACGUCCACCGGCCGAGGUCCUCCGUUUCAAAACAAACAAAAUGGCGGCGCGCAUGAGAUGGGGUCUUCACCAGCUGUUACGGUCAAGAAAUACCUCUCACUUUAGGUUUCUAGUCAAAUCCAGAAGCCAGUACCACACACAGGGCGCCGGUCACAGCUUCACCAGGCCUCAGCUUCUGCCGGUGACAGGAGCCACACACUUCUCAGUGCGACACCUGUCCAUCCAGACACAAGAUACCCCAAACCCCAGGAGCCUGAAGUUUCUGCCUGGUAAACCUGUCCUAGGAAGCGGGACCCUGGACUUUCCUUCUCCCAGCUCAGCAGAGUCUUCAUCCCUUGCCAGGAUCCUCUUUGAAAUUGAAGGAGUAAAAAGUGUAUUCUUUGGGCCUGACUUCAUAACAGUCACUAAGGCAGAUGAUGAUGUGGAAUGGACAGACAUUAAGCGUCAUGCUUUGGAGGCCAUUGAUAAGUUCUUUGAAAGUGGGGAACCCAUAACAUCGGUGGCAGUACACCCUGAAAGCAGUCUUUCUGAAGAUGAUGAUGAAAUUGUAUCGAUGAUUAAAGAGCUUCUGGACACAAGAAUCAGGCCCACGGUGCAGGAGGACGGAGGCGAUGUCAUCUUCAAGGGUUUUGAGGAUGGCAGAGUCAAGCUGAAGCUGGUGGGCUCCUGCACGGGCUGUCCCAGCUCUACGGUCACCCUGAGGAACGGCAUUCAGAACAUGCUGCAGUUUUACAUCCCAGAGGUAGAUGAGGUGGAACAGGUGGAAGAUGAAGUGGAUGAAAUCAAUGCAAAGGUGUUCUCAGAGCUGGAGCGCAAAUUGCAAGACUAAAACCUCUUCUUUGACCAUUGCACCCAUAAAUAUUGUUAUUGAAAAGCCUAUUUCACUGUAGACAAACAUGGCUGUGCACUGCUUCCUCCAGCUACUAAAGUCAAAAGAGACAAAAUGAAUUCCUGCUUGUAUCUAUAUAUACUGUUAGUGUUUGAUUAUUGUAUUUGAUUUAUGUACAUACUGUAUGCACUUGUUACCAAUGUGAAUACUGUCAUUUUUCCAAACUACAUGACAGAAUAUUCUGCUUCAAUGACUGUAAAUGUUGUUUUAUUUAUUUAUGAAUACUGAUAUUUUACAUUUUGAAAGAAUAUUUUCAUAUGAUAGGAAUAUUGAGAGACUUUUUGAGGCUGAUUAUGGAUUGUCUGUUGUUUUGUGCAGAACGACCAGUUGUUUGUCUUCAUAUAAGGUUUUCCAGUUGUUGACUGCUGCCACUGAACAGUUUAUUCUGUUAAUGUGUCAUUUUUUAGAGUAUAUUAUUAAGCCUGUAUUCAUCAAAUGGAUGUAGGUGUGGAUACAACUCUGUCUGAAAAUCUGUAGGCUGUAUCUAUGCUGAUCCUGUGCACUAGGGCUGAUCUUAUAAACGGAUUCAUCACAUUAAACAGAAAUUCACCUCUUUAAAGCA